UGCAGACUUUUUCAGUGUGCCGAGUCCGAGUGCCGACUAGGCCCACAGAGUUCAACAUUUACAGUUUACAGUGUUUGCCCAGUGUUUUAUUAUAGAAACGCUUCGAGCAAGGCUCGGGUCUGAAGUUCUGUACUCUGUUUGGAGUAAUUUCCUUCCUCACACAAGAACAUGGAGCGCCUGGCAGGAAACAGAAUUGACCUCAACAAGUCGCCGUUUGACCAGACAACGUUCCUAGGUCGCCUCAAACAUUACGCAUGGGUAACGGACCCCCGACUUUCUUUCCGGUCAGGGCAGCAGUUGCAUGAUGCCAAGGAUUUGGUGGAGAAGUACAA